ACGAGUUUGAUUCAUGGCACGUCAACAAGAGUGUCAAGAAGAAGCUAGUCAAUGCAGCAAACAAGAGGGAAAAUAAAGACCUAAUGACCUGGCUGAAGUCUAUAAGUAAUCACUUAUACUGGUCUUGUAGCUCCAGUCACGGAGAUGGUGAGGAGUGUGUGCGUCGGUGGAAAUCCCAGCUCCAACACAUUGUUGGCAUACACAGAUGGGAGGAAGACGGCAUACAACAAACGUGCCAUCAUGCCCCUCUGACAGCCAACGAACAACAGAGGAAAAGGUGGAUGACCGUGGAUUCCCAAGCAUACCGGGCUUUAAAAAGUAUAGUCCUGGAAAAUAACAUACUGCGAGACUUGCGGCAGAUGGCAUUGUUCAAACACACAGGGGCCCUGGAAGUUUUUCAUUCGUCUAUGUUGAAGUAUACUCAGAAAAGGCUUCACUUUUCAUACGACGCAAUGCUGGCCAGAACACAACUUGCAGUCAUGGACCACAACGCCAAUGUUGGCAAGGAGCAGGCCAAAACAAAAGAAGGACAACCCCAAUUUGCAUUUGCCUACUCAAAGGCCAGUCAUCAGUGGAUUGCUAGGCCGGUGUAUGAGAGAGGUGCGCAACUAUUCCGCCAAGACCUCAUGGACCACACUCUGAAGAUGAGGGAUGAGAUUAAUCUUGAAGAUUGGCCCCGUUCCUCCCCGGAAAAGGCUUCUAAAGAACAUUGCCCCUGUGCCUAG